AUGGAAGAAUCUAAUAGAAAUAAUAAUGACAAAGUCUCUUCUUCUCAAGAAAUAGCUUCACCGAAUUCUGACACCAUAGAGAACACUCCAACUAAACCUGGUGACACCUCUCAGAUUCUGUUCCCGGAGAGUCCUGUCUAUGAACCUGAAGACAUGGAAGAAAUUCAACAACCUGAUGAGCAUGUCACCUCUACAACAGAAAUGAAGGCUGAUGAACAACUGGAAGUUAAAGAAGGCACUCCAACGCAAGUAAAAAGAAAAUUGAGCGAUGAAGCUUUGCAGAGUGAUGCAAAGAUGCAAAAAAUUGAUCUCACCAGUGGCGACUGUGGUGUUUCCACGCAAAACUUAGAUGACGAGGUGUCAGAAAUAAUUGGCGCCGCAUCUAAAAGAAAAUUGGAUAUUCAAUUGCCAUCUACAUCACGUGUACGAACACCUGUCAAAUCAAGCCCGAGAAAAAUAACAAAGCGAAGCAAUAGUGCUGACGUAACUAAACCGAAAACACCAAAGACUCCAAAAUCUCGAUCAGCCAGCGUGGACAUCACGAAAGCACCGAAAACACCACGUCGACAACCUCUACAGUUAGAUCAAAUUGAAGAGCAUGUAAUCUCAGAAGAAACAAAUGGAUCAGACAAAAACUCUCGAGCUAGUGUGGUAUUUGUUAAAGAAAUACCACCACCAAAAGUGAACCCUGUGGAAAUAACAGCAGAGGAAUCCAAUUCAGAAUUAAAUGACUCACAAAAUUUACAUCUAGUCUUAUCACCUUCUCCCGAUGAAGAUGUUAGCAAUGAUAAAUCAAAGCCAUAUUAUAGCAGUGACCCAGUCACAGUUAAAGAUAGAAAAGAAAUAUUGGAUCCCGGCAAAAUUUAUAAAACACACAGUGAAGGUUAUAAUUAUUCAGAUCAAAGUAGCAACUUAUCUCAAUCAAUGCUAAAAGAUUAUAAUAAGGGUAAAACAACUGAUCAAGAAAGUACUGAUAGUGUUGCCUCUAUAAAUCUUGAAAGUCCUGACCAUGUCCCUAGUGUUGCUUCAAAGAUGAUCUCCAAAUUAUCCAAUGGCAAUUCUUCAACUCCAACCGAAAUAUCCAUUCCAGGAAAACAUGGCUUGACAGAAGAUAGCGAUAGCACUCCUGAUCUGAUCAAAUUAAAUGGCAACAAAGGUAAAAGGCUUAAAAAUGAGUCAUUCCGUGCGAGUAAUACAACAACACCAUCAACAAUUUCACCAUUGCAGAACGGUCACUCACUGCCCAUCAACACUCCUCAAAUACCCAUUUUUGAUAUUCACAUUAGCCAAAAUGAGGAUUGUGAGUUUCUAUCCCUAUAUGUUGUGAGAACUGAUAAUGAUUUAGGUAUGGAUAUAUGCAAAGAAUUUCAGAGGAUUUCAAAAAGAUUUACCAUUGAUCCUUAUAUGGCAGAUGUCUCUGUUAGCAACUCUCCAUCCAGUGUUACUAGUGGAGGCAUGAUAAAUCUACCCAAUAGAACCUCGUUUGCAUCAACUGUCAGCUCGACUUCUACUACCAGCAGCAAUCGCACAAGCGACGGAGCUUUUGUAGUACCACAGCCACCAAGAAAAUCUGUGUCGAACCCAUCAACUACUGUUAAAGGAUAUGAUGCUUUAAUGAAGAAGUUACAAGAUAUAUUUUCGCAUAUAAGAGAAACAUCUAUGGACGAAGGAAAUCGAUCAUUAAGUGACGAUAAAAUAUCAAUUGGGAUUCAAACGUCACUUUCAAGUGAUUCGGCUUCACUGAGUAAUGGCAAUGCUAGUCCUGAUGAAGUCAGUAAAUGUGAUAAGACCACUCCAAAGAGUUCACUCAAGAAGUCUCGGGUAAGGGGUCGUAGACCCCUAGCCGGCAAAACAAAGCGUGCUAUUUUGCCAACGCAGCACGAGGAAGCGGAAGAGGCUCAAGUUGCCAAAUCGCCUGAAAGGCUGCCAUCAAAUGGCGAAAACGGUAAAAUGUCUCCAGUCAAGUCACCUAAAGAAGAGAAGCCCUUAGCUUCUAUUGUGGGUACACCAAAAUCAGUCACUAAACUGAAACAGAAACGUCGUCCAACAUCGCCUAGACCUGCCACUCCUGUCGAGAAAGUUAUAGUCAAAACUGAAUAUCCAGGGUUUCCUCCUGAUACGGUGGUGCUAGCCAAGUGGGCAGAUAAGCGUUAUUAUUCUGGAAAAGUUCUAGAAAUCACCGAACCAAACAAAUAUUUAAUUAAAUUCGAUGACGGACAUUCCAAAGUUCUUCUAGAUGACUUCAUAAUAUUUGGAGAUAUGAAAAGUUUACCGUUGCGGGGAUGUUCAGUUUACGCAAUGGUAGAUGAUGAACAGAACUACGAGCCUGGCCUGGUGCUAGAUGUGGAGGAGAAUGCGAGCGGUACCGUGACAUAUCGCUGCAUUACUGAUGGAGAAACGCAGGUGUGUGUGACUGCGAGCGAACUAUACCUGACGGAGGACCAGGCUCGAGCUCUGAAGGACUCUUCACGACCGCGCUCACCCCCCGUGCCGCACCCCACCACCCCGCGCCGACGUCAUCACACCGAGCUGGAUCUCGACAAUAUAAUACAGGGUCCGCGUAGCGCUCGAACUCGGGACAAGGGUAGUUCGAGCGCAAGGAAACGGCUUGCGUCACCGAAGAGUCCUAAAGCAUCAACUUCAGGCGUGAAGUCAAAAAGCACGGCAGUAAGCCGCAAACGUCUAGCGAGCGAGAGUAGCGAGAUGAGUGAAAGCAGCAACUCUGCGCCGCCCGCUCGUAUAGAAGACGUCGCUGGAGUCGAACCCGAAGUGCAGCGGACGCCGCGCAAGAUCGACGGCGUCAAGGCGGGGCCAUUGCAACUUAAAGGUGCGGCCAAACAGAACAUUGGCAAAAAGAACUCUAAGCUGACAAAGUUCGAGAACGAUGAAGACACAGUGUCGCUGCUCGGGCCGAUACCGAGCGGUGACUGCACCAUAUUCUCCGGUCUGCACUUCCUGCUGACGUGCAACGAGGCGCCACGCAUAAGGGACGGAGAUGAGAAGUAUACUGGAAAGAGUCAGGAUACCCGACAUUACUCAUCAGAAGAAGAUGGCGACACCACAUCUACUAUUGCUACGGACACGGAAGAUCUGGAGUUCUGCAACAGGCCCUUCAACAAGGAACGGCUUAAGGAGCAGAUAGAGGCUGGAGGCGGUGUUGUCUACAGCCAUUUCGAUGACGUGCCAAAAACGAAGUACAGCGUCUGCAAACUGAUAGCACCGCGGCCGUGCACCACUGCCAAGUACAUCCAAUGUCUGAGUGUGGACAUCAGGGCGGUGUCCCACGCAUGGAUCAUAUACAGCUGCAUCAAUAAUAGGCUUAUGGAUAUCGACUCUUACGUACUACCGGCCGGCUGGUCGCUUAUCAAGAAAAAACACAUCAAUUGGAAUCCACCAUCAGAUAAACGAAAUACAGCCAUUUUCAAAGACAAAGUAAUUCUCAUAUGCCACGAUCAGGACAACUUCAUGAAAUUCUGGGACCGUGUGUGCACCCUAGCUGGGGCGACCACACGGGUUGUGAACGAGGAGAACUUAAACACAAACAGUGCGCACGCUCUAGUCACCGACUGGGACUGUCCACAUGAAGUCCAGAAUAAGGCUAACCAAGAUUUGAUCCCGCUAGUCUCGCCGCACUGGGUGAAGCAGUGCCUCAUCGAAGGCAAGAUCCUGCCCACUGACGGUCACGACAAGUUUUCGUUUAUGUAUACGGAGCCAGAAUGAUCCUGGGACUUCCGGAGGAUCCUCAUAAUACGUGAAUAUUGACACUUUACGAGGACGGACGGGAGUGACGUUUUAGUGUUUAAUAAGUGAUGUGAUAACAGACACGUGGUGUAUCAAGGAAUUAUCGCCUUUGAGCGAUUUUAAUUUAGUGUCGAACACUGUGUAGUGUCUCCUUAGUGUUUCGAAAUAGAUAUUUGAAAUUGAACUCUGAUGAACUCGUAAUUAAGCUGUUGAAUUGUGGAAUAUCUUGACUGAAAUUUUUCAAUGUAUAUUAUAUUUAGUAUUUAAUGUGUUGUUAUUCAAGAAAAUAAGCGUUAAUUUACAUUGGUUUAUUAAUAAUUAUUUGAUUAUUUAAAUUAUUUCUUUACAUGAACAUGCAAUGUAAUGAUUAUAUUUUUUAUUAUUGUUUAAUGUCAUGUAUUGUAAUUUAUUUAAUGAAAAAUGUGAUUUACUACCUACACAUUAAACUCUAUUAUAAUUUGUGUAUUGACAUGAAAAUAUCUGAAAUAUUAUUUCAUUUUAAUAAAAAAAUAAGGCUAUUCUGCCUUGUCGAAUUCAGACUUUACAGUCAAAUCUUCUAUAUGUUAGAUUUGGCUGUAUGGUCUUAUACCUUUGCAUUCCCACUUUUGGAUAAAAUAUACUACUAUUAAUAAAAUUCUUAUUUUCUUGAUUAGCCUGUGUAAUUCCUGUACAACAGAUAUAAAUUACAAUUUCUAUAAAAUUAAUGUUUAUUAAAUGUUAAUAGAUAAUAAUAUUGAUGUAUCAAAUUUAAGUAAAACCAAGGAUAUUAUGAUUGUAUUAGUAGAUUUUUUAAUGUGAAUGGUAAGUAGGCUGAUUGUCCACUUUUUAAUAAUGGGAACUAUCCAGCAUAUGAGAUUUUCUCUAUGAAAAGGGUUUUUUCAAGGGUAUCUGAAGGUUUUUUAAGAGUUGCCAACUCGUGACACCUAAAGUGACAUCAGGUGAGACGUAUGCUUGUUAGCCAAUAUUGUGGUAUUAAAGAAUAGCGCUACAGAUAUGUCAUCAGGUGAUGCCUAUGAUUCUUAAGAACCAGUGUUAUGUUUAACGUGACCAUUUAUUCUUUGGAACAAAAGUUAUUCAGAAAUAGUUAAAUUCAAAGAUUUAUAAUAUGUAACAAAUAAAACAAUUUGCUUUAAUAUAGCUGGUGAAGUUUGGCUACUACUUAAAUAUUCGCACGUUACUAACAAUGGUACAAUAUUGCGUCCCAGAGUUAAUUUCGGGUACACUGGGACUCGUAAUUAUAAAAAGGACAGUUUCGUUCAAAAUGGUAUAUCUGGUCACGUUAGUUAUAACUAUAUAUAACCCUACAAUUUCAAUUAAUAACAAUACAAUCUAAUAAUUUUCUCGUUAUUCCAAAACAAUGCAUUUGGCCUAUAAAUUGUGUUCAAUUAUUAGAGUUGUAAAAGAAAUCAAUCAUAAUUUUAAAAAAUGAUCUGAAAGUGAUAUCGUAUAUAAGUGAUUUAUUUCUCUGUGUAAGGAAUUGUCUUAAUAAUUUAAUGAGUUAAUUCAUACUAAUAUGAUAAUCGUUAACGUGUGUAUACGUUGGACAUCUUUCACGUCCGAUUGGAUCAAAAUACGGCACUAAAAUCACUAUCGAAGCAAUGGCAGACCCCUGUGAUAGAUCCCCCGUCCAAUUCAAUUGGGGAUCGAAAUUACGACGACCUGAGGUUCGGACAUCUAGCGGUGCCCUCAGAUUAGUCGUAUCCGUCAGGCGGGAGUUGGCCUUCAGCCGCUCCAUAAAUCCUUCCAGCUGCCGCCAACAGCAUUAGAGUAGUCGGAAAAAACAAUGGCAGUAGUUACAAAGGUUUGUUAGCAGGCACAUUACUUAAAAUCACAUAGAUGGUUAUGUUAAUAUAGUUAAAUGUUUGAACAAGAAUAAUUUUGUGGUAAAUAAAAGUAUUUACCUCUCGGCGAUUCGAUUAGGUUGCACUAGCAGUGGUCACAAGUUGAAUGGAGUAACAGCGGAUAUUGAUAGGUGCCGGCAGUUUAUUCAACUACCGUCAUUUGAUUGUCCGAUGAAAAAUCACGAUACAGUACUCACUGUAUCCGUACACAUAUUGACCGAUGCUACCAAACUUUGAAUUUAUUAAUCACUGUAAUACACGCAGAUGAAAACUUUAAACCAGCUUCCCUAUUAAAAUUGGGGUACUUCUAUAGCCUCUACCUUAUUUACUAUAAAAUGAUGCGUGUUAAAACACUUUUAACUGUAUUAAUAACGUGUACUGAACGCGAAAGUUUAAAAAUAAUCAUUUCUAAGGCUAUUUAUUCCCUCACACUUCUGUUAAAAUUGGGGGUAUUUCUAUAUUUAUAUAGUCUCUAUUUACCUUAUUUACUAUAAAAUUAUUCGUAUUAAAACCCGUUUAACUACAUUAAUAAUGUGUAUUGAAUGCGAAGUUUUAAAAAUAAACAUUUGUAAGCCUAUUCCCACACUUCUCCGAUAUUGCGCCUAAUUUUAGUGCCGUGUGAGGAUCAUUUAAGGGUUUAAUGGAUCUUAAUUUAAUUUGACGUAUGAGGGGGGGCGUGGACUUAAUAUGUAUAUAUAUGUAAGUUGUAUGGCAAGCAUACAGACAUGUCUAGUUUGAUAAUUGACAAUGUCUAUGGCCAAAUAAAUGAUGAUAGUCAGAUGGAACGGCUGUUAUUUUUUCUAUAUUAUGAUAAAAUCAUGAUUAAUUUUUGUUGAUGUUAAUAAUCGAUCUUAUUGUAAACGUAACUAAGUUCAAAUUAUUUUUGUUAUAGUUGUUUUUGUGUUAAACGCAUUUAUUUGUUUCAGUGGUUGUUUACAGUUUUAUACAUUAUAUAAACGAGAUGUUUACCGUGAUUAUUUGGUUUCUGAGUUUCUAAUACUUAUUGCAUAUGUAGUCUCUGAUGUAAUAAUUUGUUCUAUAGUUAUAAAGCGGGUAGACGUAUUUGUCUGUUCGUAAUAAUUUAUAUCCACCACAAUUGUCCAGUCGUGAUUAGGACGUUUCAUACAGCGUUAAAAUGGAGUAGCUCAUACAAUAUAAUUAUGAUAAAUAUUUCCUUUAUAUCUAUGCAUUUAUCUAUCAUUAAUUAACUAUAACAUCAAUGUAUGUUAUUUUUUUAAACAUACAUAAACAAAUAAACAUUCGUCGGUCGCGGCCACUUGUUAAUAGAUAUGAGUGUAUUUAAACGCUAUCUUAAUUAUUAUAUGAGUAUUAUGCUGUUAUGGGCCCAGUUUCUAUUUUUAUUUUUCUAUAUAUUGGAGAAUAGAUAAUAUUUGAUGUCUAAAUACCAAAAACUGAUAAUGUACAUUUAUAUCAUGAAAAUUUCUCCGAUGCAGUUUGGAUUUUAUAUGAACGAUUUAUUAAUAUUCAAAGUAUGCACUGAGAAAUUUAAAUUGGCAUAAUAUGUUAAUAAAAAUAAUCGUGUGUAGACUGCGAACUAGAAAAGAGUAAUUUGUUCACAAAUCCAUCAUUAUUUAGUUCAUUUUGAAAAGUGCUAUUUGAAUUUAAAAUGUCAAUAUAAGUAAUUUUUGUGAUAUAAAGGUACAGCCAUGUCUUUUGUCAUGUCCUAUAGUGCGAUAUAGUUUCCACAGACCAAAUAUAUAUUAAUUGCAAACCAGGAAUCAAUCAUAGUGUACUAUGCAGGCCUCUAAACCAUUUGCAGCUAAUGACUGUUGUUUUAUUACAGUCACUUCCAUAGGCAGCUGAUGUACAGUCGGUUAGUCCUCAGGUUGAUGCACUGUUUGCAAUUGGAUGGUGUAGCAAUAAAAAUGCCUUAAUCGGAGUCCAUUAGAACAACAUCAAUAGUUUUCCUGUAAUCUGAUGAUUCAUUAACUGUAUAUCAGCAGUCUAAUAACCCUAAAAUCAUUACAGAGUUAUUUUAGCAUUGACUUUUUCUUUUAUUAAGAGUAUCUAAAUAGUAAACAUUAGUUAUUUUUUUAGUAUUGUUAAUAGGGUUUGUCGCUACCAAUACAACUUUAUACCCAGUCAUUUCUUAUGUUGCUAUCAAUUUUAUUGUGGUCUCAUUUAGUUAUAAGUAUUUUGUAUAAAACUGACGGCUAAAGCCAAGAACUAAAUAGGUAAGUAAUGUUUAAGGGUUUCGUUAAAAAGUUAAUUAUGUGUGUAUUGGGUUUGACUAACGUACACAUAUACGUGCAGUAUGACUAAGUUCGAUUUAGAAUUUAUGUUAUUAAAACCAAUUUUAUUAUUAUUUUGAAUUUAGUUGGCUAUUGGUUUAGAAAUGUUUGCAGUAAAAUAGUUAUUUUGUGCAAUUUGAGAAUCAAACAGAUAUACAAUAGUACAAAAUAAACAUCUUUUCUUUACAAUAUUUUCUACAUUUCGGUUCGAGUAUUAAUUCUAAUAAUAGACUCUAUACUAUAUUUGAUAUAAUUCAGUUUUAUGAACCGAAACUCGAAUUGUUUUAAAUUUCAAUUUCUACUCACGCUUUUGCAAUUUUUAUUAUACUUAAUUAUAACAUCAUAUUUAAGUGAAGAUGACAAGUUUGCAUGUAAAUAAUGCAUUUACUUUAAUUAUGUAUUUGUCCCAAAUCAAUCUCAAAUGUUGAAACCAAAAUUUACAUAUAAAAAAAAUAUUUUCUAUAUUUAGGAACAACUGAUAAUUUAUAUGUAUGUUAUUAUUAUUCAUCAUUAUAUUUUAAUGUUUUGGUAUUAUCAUGUAUUUUUUUUCAUUAACUUUUAAGCAGUGGCGUUGAGGUUGCAGAAGGGCUACAGGAGGGCGGAUAGCUAGCAACGUAACUUUUUUAAAUCAAACUAGAAAAUACAUGAAUAUGCAUUACUUUAUUAUUUAAUAAUAAAAUUAAAGCUGAUUUGAUAUGACAUUUUUUUUUAAUAAUAAUUAGAAGUCGACUAAUUUCUGGUUGGCACCGGGCGAGCAACAGGUUAUAAGCCACUGCUUCUAUUGUCUAUGAUGCAAGUAUUUGUUUUGCAGUAUUCUUUUUUAUUUACAUUUUCACAAAGCGUAUACUAAGUAGUGCUAAGUGUACUGUAUUAAUAUUCUAAUUGUAUAACUAAAGUGUAUAUGUAUAUUUAGUCAUAUUUAUCUAUUUUAUACAUAGUUUAAGAUUAUGAUCUCUGUACUAGGCAACUUUUGUAUCUUGAUUUUUCAAAAUGACAAUUACAAUCAUAUCUUAAAGAUGCAGGCGUGUUUUUGAAAUUUACUGCAUGGUGUUACAAACUAAAUUAAUGUAUAAUCUGUAUUGUAAAUAUUAAUUUUUAUGUAUACAUUGGUAAUUAUAAAAUUGUGUAAAUUAUCUAGUAUUGUAAUCAUUAUACAAAUGUUGACUACACUAUUUGAUGAAACAUUACUUUUACAAAUAGUCUAAUAAUAUGACAAUUAUUAUUGUAUAUAACAUGUGCUUAAUAUAAUUAGAUAAUCAUGCAUAGUUUGUCAUUUUAAUGUAAUUUUUUGUUGUGCAAAUAGAUUGAAAGUGACUUGUAAAUCAGUAUUCAAGAAUUUGUUGUGUAUAAAUUAGGGUUUUUUUAAUUACUGCUUAGGUAUUCCAAAAUUGAAGAAAGAGAGGUAUAGAGGUUGCGCUUCUAUCCCUUCCUCACUUUUUCUCGCGUCGUAAUGGGGGCUUCUAAUCCUUUUUGAUAUUAUUUAGUCGACAUUUAAAAACAAACCUAAUAGUUGCCUUUAUAUGGACUGUUUUUACGCGCGAAUAAGCUUUCACGCAGGAAAGAAUGUGCAUGUUAAAGUAGACACAGAGAAUGAGAAAGACCGCGCGCGCCGCCUGCACGCACUUUUCAGCGUCAUUCAAUGGUGCGUGCUUUAGCGCCAUUUUAUAAUAAUUUAUUAAUCAUUGCAAAAUGUCGGACAUUUUGAGCAAAGACAGAGUUAGUGAUAAUUUAUACAUUUUAAACAUGUCUUUGAAAAAUUAACUCUGUAUUAAACAAAAUGUUAAAUGAUAUGAAACAUACACAAUCAGGCGCGAAAGAGUGAGAUAAAGAAUAGAGAAAAAUAAUCACUCGGGAUUACGCGCGUGCUCUAAAUGACGUGCAAAAUGACGAGAGAACUUGACCACGAUUGAAAAACAGUCGUAUAAAGGCAACUUAUAGAAGGCUACAUUAAUCGGUGCAGGUUAAUUUAAUCGCUAGAGAAUUAUACAUCAAGUGUCGUAAUGUGAAAUGUUAACUUUGCUAUACUAUAUAGGACUACGGACUGCUAUUUAUUUUUCUUAAGCCCCCAAUAGCUACUUUAUUUCCGUCGUUGAAUGAUAUGAUAUGAACAUGGAUAUUACAUUUGUGGCGACAUAUUUCAUGUAUUGUUUUUGUUGCUCUAGAUAUAUUCGUUGUAAUUGAGUCAAGUAGAAAUGUAAUGUGUAUAAAUAAAAUGA